AUGGAGCAGAAAGAUCAACUAAACCGAGAAACCUUCUCUUGUUCCAUCUGUCUGGAUCUACUGAAGGAUCCGGUGACUAUUCCCUGUGGACACAGCUACUGUAUGAACUGUAUUAAAAGCUUCUGGGAUGGAGAGGAUCAGAAGGGAAUCUACAGCUGCCCUCAAUGCAGGAAAACUUUCACACCGAGACCUGUCCUGGAGAAAAACACCAUGUUAGCAGCUUUAGUGGAGCAGCUGAAGAAGACUGGACUCCAAGCUGCUCCUGCUGAUCACUGCUAUGCUGGACCUGAAGAUGUGGCCUGUGAUUUCUGCUCUGGAAGAAAACUGAAAGCCAUCAAGUCCUGUUUAUUCUGUCUGGCCUCUUACUGUGAGAAACACCUUCAGCCUCAUUAUGAAUCACCUACAUUCAAGAAACACAAGCUGGUGGAGCCCUCCAAGAACCUCCAGGAGAACAUCUGCUCUCGUCAUGAUGAGGUGAUGAAGAUGUUCUGUCGUACUGAUCAGAAGUGUAUCUGUUAUCUCUGCUCUGUGGAUGAACAUAAAGGCCACGACACAGUCUCAGCUGCAGCAGAAAGGACUGAGAGGCAGAGAGAGCUGGAGGUGAGUCGACAAGAAAUCCAGCAGAGAAUCCAGGUCAGAGAGAAAGAUGUGAAGCUGCUUCAACAGGAGGUGGAGGCCAUCAAUCACUCUGCUGAUAAAACAGUGGAGGACAGUGAGAAUAUCUUCACUGAGCUGAUCCGUCUCAUCCAGAAAAGAAGCUCUGAUGUGAAGCAGCAGAUCAGAUCCCAGCAGGAAACUGAAGUGAGUGGAGUCAAAGAGCUUCAGGAGAAGCUGGAGCAAGAGGUCACUGAGCUGAAGAGGAAAGACGCUGAGCUGAAGCAGCUCUCACACACAGAGGAUCACAACCAGUUUCUACACAACUACCCCUCACUGUCAGCACUCAGUGAGUCUACACACUCAUCCAGCAUCAAUAUCCGUCCUCUGAGAUACUUUGAGGAUGUGACAGCAGCUGUGUCAGAGCUCAGAGAUAAACUACAGGACAUUCUGACAGACAGAUGGGCAAACAUCUCACCGACAGUCACUGAUGUGGAUGUUUUACUGUCACAACCAGAACCAAAGAGGAGAGCUGGAUUCUUAAAAUAUUCAUGUAAAAUCACACUGGAUCCAAACACAGCACACACACAGCUGUUACUGUCAGAGGGAAACAGAAAGGUGACAUUUAUGGAUCAACAUCAGUCUUAUUCUAGUCAUCCAGACAGAUUCACUGAAUACUGUCAGGUUCUGAGUAGAGAGAGUCUGACUGGACGUUGUUACUGGGAGGUGGACAUGAGAGGAGGAAGAGUUUCUGUAGCAGUUGCAUACAAGAAUAUCAGCAGAGCAGGAAAUGAAAGUGGAUUUGGAAGUAGUGACAAAUCUUGGUCAUUAUAUUGUUACCAAAACAGUUCUAGGUUUUACUACAACAACAUCAGAACCUCCAUCUCAGGUCCUCGGUCCUCCAGAGUAGGAGUGUACCUGGAUCACGGAGCAGGUAUUCUGUCCUUCUACAGCGUCUCUGAAACCAGGACUCUCCUCCACAGAGUCCAGACCACAUUCACUCAGCCGCUCUAUGCUGGAAUUGGGUUUGGAGGCCUAUUUUCAUUCCUUCUUGGAACAAGUGCAGAGAUCUGUGAACUGAAACAAACAGAAUCAUCUUAAAUGAUUUAGUCUUUUUCUCUUCUUUGCGUUUUUGAUUUCCUUAACUAAAAUGUGAUAGCUAUUACUAUGAGAAUGUUUAUUUUAUGUUUAUUUUCAAUUGUCAUGUUGAUUUAUAUGCUUAUGAAUCUGUGUUAGCUGCAUGGUGGUUAGCCUUGCAGCCUCACAGCAACAAUGUUGGUGCAGUUUAUGUAUUCUUCCUGUGCAUGUGUGGGUUCUCUUUGGGUAUUCCGGCUUCCUUCCACCGUCCAAAGACAUGCAUGUUAGGGUUAACUGGUUACUCUAAAUUCUCACUAGGAGUGUGUGUAAGUGGCUGUUUCAUCUCUGUAUCCUGCCUCUUGCCUGAUAACUGCUGCAAGAGUCUCCAGCUUCCCUGCAACCCCAGAAUAAGCGGCAUAUUAAUGAAUAAAUGAAUGGGUUAUGUAAAAAUCAUUUUCUACUUGCAAUUACUUUUAGUUGUUCUAGAGAUCAGAUGUUGUUUUUCUAAACCAACGAACAAACAAGGUUUCUAAUGAUGAUGUUCAGAAAGGCUCAUUUCCAGGAUCAGAAUAAAUGAGAUCAUUCAUCAUGUUUAAUGUCAGAAC